UGUCCGGGCACGCGCAGCGCGCCCCCUCGGUGCGCGGGCACAGCAGCCAGGCUGCCGGAGAGCUGAUCUCGGGGAUUCGGGUGCCGAGCCCUUGGCCUGGAGGCGAUAUGGGUGGUCCGUGGCCCGGUUCAGUCGCUCGCAGCAGCCGGGGGAACAGGCCUGUCUGGCCCUGAGGGAGUCCCCUUUCUGAAGCGGUGGUGCUUGGACGACCAGCUCUCCACGUUGCCGGGCACCUGUAGGUGUCCCUCGAGAGCACAGUUUUGAGGUUCAAGUCAGUGUGGCCAUGAAGGGGCUGCCUAUUGGGCUGAUGCUGUGACCCUGGAGUCUGCCUCUCCUGCCAGUCCCCCUGCCCGGAACAUGUGGCUGCGGCUUGGCCUGCCCUCGCUGCCCCUGAGCCCCACGCCCGCAGUUGGCCGGAGCCUGUGCCUCACCCUGUGGUUCCUCAGUUUGGUGCUGAGGGCCAGUACCCAGGCCCCAGCACCCACAGUCAAUACUCACUUUGGGAAGCUAAGGGGUGCCCGGGUGCCAUUGCCCAGUGAGAUCCUGGGUCCUGUGGACCAAUACCUGGGGGUGCCCUACGCAGCUCCCCCGAUCGGCGAGAAACGUUUCCUGCCCCCUGAACCACCCCCGUCCUGGUCGGGCAUCCGGAACGCCACACACUUUCCCCCAGUGUGCCCCCAGAACAUCCAUACAGCUGUGCCCGAAGUCAUGCUGCCCGUCUGGUUCACUGCCAACUUGGAUAUCGUCGCUACUUACAUCCAGGAGCCCAACGAAGACUGCCUAUAUCUGAAUGUCUAUGUGCCCACGGAGGAUGUAAAGCGGAUUUCCAAGGAAUGCGCCCGAAAGCCCAACAAGAAAAUAUGUAGGAAAGGAGGAUCCGGCGCUAAGAAACAGGGCGAGGACUUAGCGGAUAAUGACGGGGAUGAAGAUGAAGAUAUUCGGGACAGUGGUGCUAAGCCUGUCAUGGUCUACAUCCACGGAGGCUCUUACAUGGAAGGGACUGGCAACAUGAUUGAUGGCAGCGUCCUUGCCAGUUAUGGCAAUGUCAUCGUCAUCACCCUCAACUAUCGAGUUGGGGUACUAGGUUUCCUGAGCACUGGAGAUCAGGCUGCCAAGGGCAACUAUGGGCUCCUUGACCAAAUCCAGGCCCUCCGCUGGGUGAGCGAGAAUAUUGCUUUCUUUGGAGGAGAUCCCCGCCGUAUUACCGUCUUUGGCUCGGGCAUCGGUGCAUCCUGUGUCAGCCUCCUCACACUGUCACAUCACUCUGAAGGGCUUUUCCAGAGGGCCAUCAUCCAAAGUGGCUCUGCUCUGUCCAGCUGGGCUGUGAACUACCAACCAGUGAAGUAUACCAGCCUGCUGGCAGACAAAGUGGGUUGUAAUGUACUGGACACUGUGGAUAUGGUGGACUGUCUUCGGCAAAAGAGCGCCAAGGAGCUGGUAGAGCAGGACAUCCAGCCCGCCCGCUACCACGUGGCCUUUGGCCCUGUAAUUGAUGGUGAUGUCAUUCCUGAUGACCCUGAAAUCCUCAUGGAACAGGGCGAGUUCCUCAACUAUGACAUCAUGCUAGGUGUCAACCAGGGUGAGGGUCUCAAGUUUGUAGAAGGGGUGGUGGACCCUGAGGAUGGUGUCUCUGGCACUGACUUUGACUAUUCUGUCUCCAACUUUGUGGACAAUCUGUAUGGUUACCCUGAGGGUAAGGACACCCUGCGGGAGACCAUCAAGUUCAUGUACACAGACUGGGCAGACCGUGACAACCCUGAGACCCGUCGUAAAACACUGGUGGCACUCUUCACUGACCACCAGUGGGUGGAGCCCUCUGUGGUGACAGCUGAUCUGCAUGCCCGAUAUGGCUCACCUACCUAUUUCUACGCCUUCUACCAUCACUGCCAGAGCCUCAUGAAGCCUGCUUGGUCAGAUGCAGCACAUGGGGAUGAAGUACCCUACGUUUUUGGUGUCCCUAUGGUAGGCCCCACUGACCUUUUCCCCUGCAACUUCUCCAAGAAUGACGUUAUGCUCAGUGCUGUCGUCAUGACCUAUUGGACCAACUUUGCCAAGACUGGGGAUCCCAACAAGCCGGUCCCCCAGGACACCAAGUUCAUUCACACCAAGGCCAACCGAUUUGAGGAAGUGGCCUGGUCCAAAUACAAUCCCCGAGACCAGCUCUACCUUCACAUCGGGCUGAAACCAAGGGUCCGUGAUCAUUACCGAGCCACUAAGGUUGCCUUUUGGAAACACCUGGUGCCCCACCUGUACAACCUGCAUGACAUGUUCCACUAUACAUCCACAACCACCAAAGUGCCGCCCCCGGAUACCACCCACAGCUCCCACAUCACCCGCAGGCCCAACGGCAAGACCUGGAGCACCAAGCGGCCAGCCAUCUCUCCUGCCUACAGCAAUGAGAACGCCCAAGGGUCCUGGAACGGGGACCAGGAUGCCGGGCCUCUCCUGGUGGAGAAUCCUCGAGACUACUCCACUGAAUUAAGUGUGACCAUCGCUGUGGGGGCCUCCCUCCUGUUCCUCAAUGUUUUGGCUUUUGCUGCCCUCUACUACCGGAAGGACAAACGGCGCCAGGAGCCUCUGAGGCAGCCUAGCCCCCAGAGGGGAGCUGGAGCCCCUGAAUUGGGAGCUGCUCCUGAGGAGGAGCUGGCAGCAUUACAGCUCGGACCCACUCACCAUGAGUGUGAGGCUGGUCCCCCCCAUGACACACUGCGCCUCACUGCAUUGCCCGACUAUACCCUGACCCUGCGGCGCUCCCCCGAUGACAUCCCACUCAUGACCCCCAACACCAUCACUAUGAUUCCCAACUCCCUGGUAGGGCUGCAGACAUUGCACCCCUAUAACACCUUUGCUGCAGGGUUUAACAGUACUGGGCUGCCCCACUCACAUUCCACUACCCGGGUAUAGCUCCAACCCAGAGCACAGCUCAUCUCCCAGCUCCCUCCCUUCCAGAUCCACAAACACAUGCACAUGUGCAUGUGCGCACGCACACGCACACACACAACAUACACACACACACAUACACACACAUAUAUACAUAUGUAUACGCACGCACCCACACCCUACAGCAGACCCAUCUGCACAAACAUAGACAGAUGUGGACAUGCACCCGCAUGUACAAAAACACAAAUACUGAAGUAAACCUGGACAAACCCUGCAAAUGGGGACACAAAUGAGUCCUUGGUAAACCAAGGAUCCAUGAAACAGCAGCUGAAGCCAGCUCCCUGAGCCUGACCACAGACACUCCUGGGGGGCCUGAAAGCAACAGCUGGACACCCCCUUGGUGCUCGCCUUUGGCCUCUCUUGGAACUGCACCAACGACCAACUCCAGACUUGGGAGCUUUAAAGAGCAGAGUAGCUCUUCCUCCCCCAGACUUGGUCUUUUUUCUGGGUCUUGUUUUUGUUGAUUUUUUUUUAAUUUUUGGAACAAAUGCUUUUCCAACCCAUGAGUGCUAAGAGGCUCUGGAAGGGAGGGUUCCAGGCUCAGAUCUUUCUGGUUUUGGAACCCCCAGUGCUCACACAAUCAGACCAAGGAACAGGACUCCCAAGAAAGGAACAGAUUUGAGCACAACCAUGGGGUGAAUGGAGGAAGGGGCUAAUGAUGGAUGGGGCUGGAGGGCCAUUGAAGAGAGAUUUCCAAUCUUUUCUGUGUCCCUGUGGAGGGAUGCAGAUCCUGCAGGGUGACCUGUUUCCCCUGAAGGCAAACAGCAUUGACCUGGCUAGACCAGGGGACCCUAGGUUUGGCAAACAAGGUACUGUGGAGGCCAUGUCAUUAUUACCCCCUCCCCACCCCACCCCCCGGGUAUAUAAUCUGGGUUCUGCCUCUGCCCUUGGGGAAAUGCUAUCAGAAAUUCACCCCAUUUUCUUUACAGUCUUUUGUGUCUGUCAUUUCUCUUUCAAAAAGGCGGUGUUUUUUGUUGUUGUUGGCUUUUUUUUUUUUUUAAAGAAAAGUUCUUAAAACACUAACGGAAACCCAUGGAGUUUGUCCUUUGUAAAAAUUUUAAACACAGUGUCUUGAUAUAAAAAUAAAAAAUCCAGUUAGCACUCCCAACCUGCCUCCCUUGCACAGGCCUUGCCCCAACAGACCUCGGGGCAGGGUGCCCCUGCGGGCUAGAAAUCAGGCAAUCAGGCAGCCUCCAUCAGCCUCCCCUACCUUAAGCUGAUACAAGUCUGGGCUGCACUCUGCUGGCCCCCUGCACAAAGACCUCUCUGAUCUUAAUCAGGUUGCUGUCCCCAUUCCCCUGCCCCCCAGCACUCUGGGUUCUUGCAGCUGAAGCCUCCUCUGAGCACCUUGGGCCUCCUAAUGAAACAGCAAAAAUAAUACUUCCUUCCUUCUCUGUGCCACCACCACUGCUGCUGCUGCUACCACCGCCUCCUCCUCCUCCUCUUCUUCCACCUCCUUCUCUGCUGCCAUCACCACCAACGCUACCACCCUGCCCUCAUCUUGGACUGGGGGCUAGGAGGAGGUUUGACCUCUAACAUGCUAAAGUUUUCUUGUAUCCAAAUCCAGUACGGCAUCAGCUAUGUGGACUCCCUGGCCUUGGGUGAUGUCAGAGCAGGUUCCUUCUCCUUCCCUAGGGAUACUUGUUUCCUGUUCUGUGAAGUAGAAUUAGAGAAGUUACUGGGGUCCUGAGAAUGAUUUCUCUACAGGAUUGUGAUCAGUGAGCCCCCUGACAACUCCAGGGGACAGAUUCAGUGAGGCGCCACAGGGUUAGCAUUAUAGGAUUUCACAUGAUUCUCAGUGACUUGAAGAACUGAAUGGGGAGGCUGCUCAUCAAGUUUGACAUUGGGCAGGGUUGCCAAUAGCUCAGAAAUCAGGAAUAGAAUUCUUAAAAUUGACCCUGACAAAAUGAGGGAGAUGAACCAUCACAGCCAGAAUGAUGUUCAGAGGGGAUGAACACAAGUUAGCAUGCACAGAGACCAAAACCCAGAACUAAUAUACUAAUAUGGCACAUAGUACAAGAGAGAUUGGCAAUGAUUAACUUGACAGAUGUAUAGAUUUUAAAAAAAGAACAAUGGGAAAGAGGGUGUACAAGUUGAAUGAGUCCACAGUUGUAGAACUGGUUUUCUCCCUUUUUCACCCCUUCUUCCCUCCCUUCUUUCCUUUCUUUUUUUCCAAAACUAAUGGGGAAUACUAGUAUAAAGUAACAAAAAUAGAGCAUGGAGGAGCUGGAAGGUAAUCAGAGUGUAUCAGAACUAGAAGUAAUCCCAGAGUUAUCUAGUCCAAUCCACCUAUUUUAUAAUUGGGCAAAUGGGUCCCCAAAAAACCCAUCUUAGUUAGUGGUAGAAACAGAGCUGGAAGACAACCCAAUAACAGAUGACCCUCCCUACAGUCCUGCUCCACUUGUUCCUUUCUACCAGCCAUUGGUUAUAUCUUCCAAAGCAUUAAUGGAUCUGCCCUUGGUGAGUACAUUUUUAACAUAUGUGGAAAAGUAGAGAGGAUUUGGAGAAGAACAAAAGCAAUGUGCCAAAGAACUUUUUUUUUCUUUUUUAAGCUAGAAAAAAAAAAGAAAGGUAACAUCCAACGAG